AUGGGGGUUGCACGUAAAUAUUUAUGUUUUUUACUUCAAAUAAGUCUUUUAUUGUAUCUUGUGGGUAUGCUUUUAUAUUUUUUUGGUAAACGUUCCAAUCAACGAGAAGUAGAUUAUGUUUAUCACAAACCAACAUAUGACCCUCACUUUGCCGAUCAACCUGACUCCUAUACAAUCCAGCCUCAUCAUCUUCCCUAUCAACUAAAAGUUGACUUACCUACUGCUACUAACAUAACAGAACGUCAAGCUGCUGCCUUUAUUGUCUUGGUACGAAACUCAGAACUUUCUGGCAUAUUACAAUCCAUGCAUGAUGUAGAAAAUAGAUUUAAUCACAAGUUUAACUAUCCUUGGAUAUUUCUAAAUGAUGAGCCUUUUACUGACGAAUUCCAAAAAUUAACAACGUUAGCAGCAUCUAGCAGAACUCAUUAUGGGUUAGUCAAUGAAAGCAUGUGGGGAUAUCCUGAUUGGAUUGAUCAACACAAGGCAGCAGAACGAAGAGAAAGAAUGAAAGGCUUACCUUAUGGUUUAAGUGAAAGUUAUCGACAUAUGUGUCGUUUCCAAAGUGGAUUCUUUUGGAGACAUCCUCUUGUUUUAAGUCUUAAACUAGAAUAUUAUUGGAGAGUAGAACCUGAUGUAAGAUAUUAUUGUGACUUGGAUUAUGAUCCUUUUCUUUACAUGAAGCAAAAUAAGAAAAAAUAUGAACAUUCAGGUACAAUUCCUACACUUUGGAAUACAGUUAAAAGGUUUACAUCCGAUAUGGCCAAGGAAGGACAAAUCAUUUUUGAUCUUCCUCUUACAGAUACCAUCUUUAACUUUAUCUCUAAAGAUGAAGGAAGGACUUAUAAUGGAUGCCACUUUUGGACUAAUUUUGAGAUUGCAAGAUUAGAUUUAUGGCAUACAGAGGCCUAUCAACGAUUCUUUGAAUAUCUUGAUCAAACAGGUGGAUUCUUUUAUGAAAGAUGGGGUGAUGCGCCUGUUCAUUCUAUCUUUGCUGCUUUAUAUCUUAGAAGAGAUGAAAUUCAUUUCUUUAAUGAUGUUGGAUAUAAACAUAGCAUUUAUCAGCAUUGUCCUGCAGAGGAUCAACUCAUUCGUCGUUGCAGUUGUAAUCCAGAAGAUAGCUUAGAUUUUAAGGAUCAUAUGAGUUGUCUUUCUGAAUACAUGGAAGCAAUCAAUUAUAAUUCAAGGGAAGAUAAACGUACCGUACAUGACCUAUUACUUUUACAAUAA